AUGUCGGUUUUGACAUUUGAUGCAUUCGCUUAUGGUAUUACUAAUUUUGAUACAAUUGGAGAAGAUGAGCUCUCAAAAUUGGAAGCAACUAAAUUCAGUCAAAUCAAGGAUAUCGAAAUUAACAUGAAGUCGAUUAUUCAGAUAUUGACAGUUAUUAAAAAUCUUGAAAACGAGUUAAAUGUCUCAACCACUAAAUUCUUCAAAAUUCCAGAUCAAUUCCGUUAUAUGGGAGGGCACUUUGCAAUCGAUCAUAAAGUAAAAAUAAACGCAGUAUUGGACGCUGACUACACAGCUCAUUAUGAUAACGAAUUUCGUAUAUGUUUGAAAAUUUUGGCUCAGGUUCGCAUUGAUUUGACCAAAGCCUGUGAGGAAAGCGUCAAGAACUUGGACUUUUACAAUCCUAAUGAUAGAAAGGAGAUGGAGCUAUGCGUCAAACUUUACUAUGAUGUGGGAUUUUGCAACCUGGCUAAAUGGGAGGUAGCGGUGAAAAUUCUCAAAAACCUCUUCGACUCAAAGAAUGCAAUGGGCAGUCCUGUCGAUUCAACUCAAGAUGUGGCUACUGUUUGGAAUUCCUAUCAUUCAUUGGAUUUGGAUUCUGGCAGGAAUUUUGUUUCCAAUUCACCUGUGAAUCUUAACCCCGUUCCUUCCAAAUCAUAUAUUCCUCCACACAUGACAAGACGAAAACGAAAUCCUUUCGUGAAAUGCUAUUCUACUGGUCAAAUGCUCAACAGUCGUCUAAACAGAAGGGUUAUCCCGAAGAGUUCGAUUGUGGAUUUUAAUUUUAAUUCAAAUAUCAAUCAAUCUUUGGAUCUUAAUCCACUUUCAAAUUCUGAUCAAUACUCUUCACCAUACAUGGAAUCACCGCCACCGCUAUCAGUUGAACCACAAAUUCCUGGUAUGUACCUAAUGCCUAAAAACUCGGAUGCUCCCGUUUACAAACUGGUUCCGGAUGGACUUGCUCCAGAAGGAUGGCAAAACGAUCCCGCCUGGCAUCAGAAUGUAUACAAAAUUGGUGGAACUAUUGAGUAUCAAGGAAAAGACUACCAAAUGGCCAAGACAUGGAAAGAACUCUAA